UCAGUAAAUCUGGCAACCGUACUCGGUGAUGGCGGCGCAUGUGGAGCUAUGCGCUCUGGACCCGUUCCCCGCAGGUUUCAACCCGCUGGACGCACUCCUGCCCCGGGUACAACUUCAUACUCUGCUCGGGGAGGAGCAUGAAGCGGACACGGAGCUCCAGGCCGCGCUGCUGUUCACUCCACACCGGGCACAUAGGAGCAGAGCCCGAGGUGUGUUUCUGCGAGCCACCGGGACCGAGCUGCAGCUGUGGAGAGGAGCGGGGCGCACAGACGGUGUGUUGCGGUUGUGGGUGAGUCCUCAAUUCCUCAGCCUUCAUCCAGACCUUGGUCCUGGUUCAGUCCGGACUCUGGACCCUGUCUGCUUGGACCGGGUGGUGCUGGGUGUCAGGGGUAGAUCAGGACUCAGUGCCCAGGACGGGAGCCUCGUGUCUGGGCUGCUGCAGCGCUGUGGGCCCCUGAUGCUGGUGGAGAGAGGGGAGCCGUUCCUCGUCACAGACAAGACCGUGGACUUCCUGGUUCUUGACUGCAGCCCUGUGUCCAGAGGGCGGGUCACUCCUCAGACCUGCGUGGUGCUGACUGACUGCUAUGAUUGGCCGGACCCUCUGCGGACUCCACCCCCUGCUCCUUCCCAGCCAAUCAGACUGUGUGUAUCGGACUUCGCGGUGAUGUCAGAGGGCCUGAGUGGGCGGUCUCUGCUGGAGCAGCGCAGGCUGCUGGGGGCGGGGCUUAGCGGUAUCUUACAGGCUCUGGAGUGCCAUGUGGACAUCCGAGUCUCCCCCGUCCUCCUCACGCCGCCCUUUCCUCCCUCUGACCACUCCCUGCUCCUCCCCCGACGCCUCCUGCUCAAGCUCGGCCUCUGUAACCAUCAGUGGGUGCGCGUGUCAUUGGGGGGUGGGGCCAGGGAGCGCCUCGUCUCUGUGGCGACCAUAGGUGACCGAGAAGCGGACGGUCAAGGGGCGGGGCUAAUCUCAACAACGCUGUGGUUCAAUCUGAGCGAGGGAGAGCCACUUCCUGUUGAUGCCACCUCUCUGCGAAUUAAGCGCUGGGUUCCCGAGUCGGUUCCCGGUCGCUCGGAGACGCUCUCCCUCUCUGCGUCUCCUCCAUUGGCGUGCGAGUUGCACCUUCAGCCGGUUCGCUCACUGCUAUACUCCUGCAGUACACUGAACUACAACCAAAUACUGACGGAGUACUUCCAUACGCCUAGAUUGGUGUCAGUGGGAGACAUGCUUUCGGUCCCGGUCCAGUCUGUCUCUGACCUGGUCCAGUUCUCAGAGGGGUUCCUCAGGGGCGCUGAGGUGCUGUGCUUCAGAGUGCAGAGGGUCUGUUCAGCCAAAGAGGAAGUGACAGGACCGCACCUGGCCGACAGGGAGCACACCUCCCUCUACAUGGGCGUGGCUACUAACAGCCCCGCCCCCUUCGUGUGUGUGGGUGAAGCUUCUUUCUGGACCCGGGUGGACCCUCCAGGACUGACCUCGACUGUGGACCGUCUGUGUGGGGUCAUCACCCCCCACCUCACUCACAGGUCUCUAGGUGUGUGCUCUGUUCUUCUCUAUGGUUCUGAAGGAAGUGGAAAAAUGACAGUGAUCCGAGCUGCAGCUCACAGACUGCACCUGCAUCUGAUAAAAGUGGACUGCGUGUCUCUGUGCUCUGACUCCCUCGCCGCCUCGGAGGUGAAGAUGUCGGCCAUCUUGGACAGGGCAGAGGAAGUGCGCCCCUGUGUGGCGGUGCUGAGGAAUCUACAUCUGCUGCUCAGUGGCAGCGGAGGUGAGCAAGGACGACUGCAAAGCACUCUGGGAAGACUACUGCUGCGGCUGUCCAACAGUGUGGUGGUGAUCGCGACUGUGCCUCAAGCCGCAGACCUCAGUGCUGCUGUAGUACCGCUCUUCCUCCACCAGGUGUCGCUGCAGAGCCCGGGGGAGGAGCAGAGAAGGUCCAUGAUCCAAGGACUGACCCAAGACCUGGACCUGGGACCAGAUGUAGACCUGGCCCGACUCGCCAAAGUCACGGCGGGCUCGGUGUUGGGGGACCUCAAUGCUCUUGUGGCUGAAGCGAGUCGAGAGGCGCGGCACAGACUCCUGCAGAUCUGUCCCAGGCACAGUGAGGAGGAGCUGGUUCUCUCCAGGCUCUGUCUCCAGGACCAAGAUUUCAGCUCAGCUCUCAGGACUCUACAGCACUCCCAGGCCCAGACUGUGGGGGCACCAAAGAUCCCGUGCGUGCGCUGGGAGGACGUUGGCGGUCUGGAGGACAUAAAGACCCAGAUCCUGGACACUGUGUCUCUGCCUCUGACGCGACCGGAGCUCAUGUCUCUGGGCCUGAACCGCACCGGACUCCUGCUGUACGGACCUCCAGGAACCGGCAAAACACUCCUUGCCAAAGCUGUGGCCACCGAGGGCACCAUGAACUUCCUCAGUGUCAAGGGUCCAGAGCUGAUCAACAUGUACGUGGGCCAGAGCGAGGAGAAUGUGCGCAAAGUUUUUAUUCGGGCACGCACCGCUGCCCCCUGUGUGGUGUUCUUUGAUGAGCUCGACUCUCUUGCCCCCUCUAGAGGACACAGUGGAGACAGCGGAGGAGUCAUGGACAGGGUGGUGUCUCAGCUCCUGUCUGAACUCGACUCACUUCAGUCGUCUGGAGUCUUUGUGAUCGGAGCCACAAACCGCCCAGAUCUGAUCGACCAAUCACUGCUCAGGCCUGGGAGGUUUGACAGACUGCUGUAUGUGGGUGUGAGCGCAGACCGAUGCUCUCAGCUGCAGGUGCUUCACGCCAUUCUCAGGAAGUUCGACUUGGCGCCUUGCGUGGACCUGGGGGCCAUAUUGGACCAGUGCCCGGGUCACAUGACCGGAGCCGACCUGUAUGCCCUCUGCUGCGAUGCCAUGACCAGCGCUCUCAAGAGGAAGAUUGGCCUCAUUGAACAGAACUGUGACAGUGAGGACUCCUCGUUGUGUCUUUGUUUGGAGGAUUUCGUCAUCGCAGUGAAAGAUUUUAAACCUUCAGUGUCUGAACAAGAACUUCAACGAUACAAGGACCUCCAGCAAACCCUCUGCGAGAAAUAAGACCUGGUUUAGACCCAGUUUAGACCCAAUUUAGUCCUGGUUUAGUCCUCGUUCAACCCUGGUUUAGAACCAGUUUAGACUCUGGUUCAGUCCUGGUUCAGUCCUGGUUCAGUCCUGGUUCCGUCCUGGUUCAGUCCUGGUUCAGUCCUGGUUUAGUCCUGGUUUAGACCUGGUUUAGUCCUGGUUUAGUCCUGGUUUAGACCUGGUUUAGUCCUGGUUUAGUCCUGGUUUAGACCUGGUUUAGUCUUGGUUUAGUCCUGGUUUAGACCUGGUUUAGUCCUGGUUUAGUCCUAAUUUAGUCCUGGUUUAGACCUGGUUUAGUCCUGGUUUAGACCUGGUUUAGUCUUGGUUUAGUCCUGGUUUAGACCUGGUUUAGUCUUGGUUUAGACCUGGUUUAAACCUGGUUUAAACCACGUCUCUUUUUCCAGUUGUAAACUGAACAAUGUUUGGUGUAAACUUUGUAAAUAUUCAGAUGUAAAUAAAAGGCAUUUAUAGUGAUUUCA